UCUAUGGUAUUUUCCGUUCUCUUCCGCCGGCGGUUUUUCAAUCUCAACCGCACCGGCACCCAUUUCCGACGACAUUAGCUCUCUUUCUCUCUCUCUCUCUCUCUUUUUCUCAUCAUUGGUAGUGAAGAAUAUUAGGUCUAAAAAUGGCGGAUUCCGAUAAACCCAUUUCCACCGGUAAACUCUCCGAUCGUCUCCGGAACUCACUCACUUGCGACACCGACGAUGCCGCCGACAACACCAAUAAACCUGACUUCCGAGAACUCGAUUUGAGUUCUCCCAUUUCUCCUUUACGGGCCGGACCCGCCGCUAGUACUAGUUCUAGUUCGUCAGGGUCGGUUUCCAGUCGGACAGGAAGUGGGCCUCGUUCUGGUACUGUACCUGGAAAGUCAGAUUCAAACGCCACCGUCAACAACCACUCCGGCGAGUUGUCGGUUGAAAGUUCACCGACAUUUUCUGCCGGUGGUGGCUCUCGCGCAUUUAGGUCGGGUCAAAAGCGGUCAGACUCCCGAGGAGGAAUCGGUGGGUGUCCGACGAUUCAUUCCGGCGGCGGUGGAAGUUCAGCCACUUCUCCGGCUGGCAAUGUGCUUCCCGCCGGAAAUAUUUGUCCGUCGGGAAAGAUAGUAAAAACGGGUAUGAUGGCUAACCGGAGCUCUAAAACAGAGGUGUUAGGUUUAGGAACCGGCAAUUACGGCCACGGCAGCAUAAUGCGCGGCGGUUCCGCCACCAAAUCCACCGUCUCCGGCGGUGAAACACAUCCUUCAACCGUUUUAAGUUCAUCGAGUUCAAGAAGAUCAUCAUUGGAUCCGGAGGAGUUAAAGAGGUUAGGAAACGAACAAUACAAAAAGGGAAAUUUCGUAGAGGCAUUGAAUUACUACGAUCGAGCGAUAGCAAUUUCACCCAAUAACGCCGCCUAUCGCUGCAAUCGCUCCGCCGCAUUGAUGUCACUGAACCGGUUGUCCGACGCCCUGAAAGAAUGCUAUGAAGCUAUUAAACUGGAUUCUGGAUAUAUAAGGGUUCACCAUCGAUUAGGAUCUCUUCUGAUCAGUUUAGGACAGGUCGAAAAUGCCCGAAAGCACCUUUUUUUCCCCGGUUGUCAACCGGAUCCAAACGAGUUACGGAGAUUGCAAGCUGUGGAGAAGCACUUAAGGAAAUGCACCGAUUUGAGGAGGGUCCGAGAUUGGAGUGGUGUUUUGCGGGAAAGCGAUGCCGCCAUUGCAUCUGGAGCUGAUGCUUGUCCUCAGCUAUUUGCAUGUAAAUCAGAAGCAUUUUUGAAGCUCAAGCAACUAGAAGCCGCCGAUUUAAACCUUUUGAAUGCGCCUAAAUUUGAAGCAUCUUGUAGCGCUUCGUGCUCCCAAACUAAAUUUUUCGGAAUGCUUUCUGAGGCAUAUCUUUUGUUCGUUCAUGCUCAGAUUGAUAUGGCAUUAGGAAGAUUUGAGAAUGCAAUUAGCACGAUCGAGAAAUCAGGACGGAUUGAUCCUCGAAAUGUGGAGGUUGCAGUUUUGCUUCAAAACAUUAGGUUGGUGUCUGGAGCUCGAGCUCGUGGCAACGAUCUUUUUAAGUCAGAAAGGCUCACGGAAGCUUGUUCGGCUUACGGGGAAGGGCUUAGGCUCGACCCUUCGAACCCAAUUCUCCAUUGCAAUAGAGCUGCUUGUUGGUUUAAACUCGGCCAGUUUGAGCGAUCUCUUGAUGAUUGCAAUCAAGCGCUUCUUAUCCACCCAAACUACACAAAAGCACUUCUUCGCAGAGCGGUUACAUUCAGCAAGCUCGAGAGAUGGGCUGAAUCCGUGAAAGAUUACGAGGCUUUGAGGAGAGAAUUUCCGAACAACAACGACAUCGCUGAAUCGUUGUUCCAUGCUCAAGUGGCGUUGAAGAAAUCUCGUGGAGAAGACGUAACUAGUAUGAAAUUUGGUGGAGAAGUUGAACGGAUCACGAGUCUUGACCAGUUUAAAGCCGCAGUUGCUUCUUCUGGAGCUUCUGUUGUUCUUUACAAAACGUCAUCGGAUCCUCAGUGCAAGAAGAUAUCUCCGUUUUUCGACACCCUUUGCGCCCGGUAUCCUGCUAUUAGUUUUCUGAAGGUCGAUUUGAAUGAAAGCCCGGAAAUCGGUAGCUCCGAGAAUGUGAGGGUCGUGCCGACAAUCAAGAUCUACAAAAAGGGCAACCGCGUGAAGGAAAUGGUAUGCCCGAGCCCGGAGGUGCUGGAGUCAUCGUUGCGGCAUUACAGUGACUAAAAAACGAGCGGAGAUCUCAACGGCUAACGACGGGCUUCAGCCGCGGCUGCCCAAUGUUGUACACUUGGCUUGAAACCAUAUAGCAUUUGACGAGGGAGAAUGUGGUAAUUUCACCCUCUCUUCAACAUACAAAGUACUUUAGUCUGUGAAAUAAAAAACCAGAGGGGGGAUAUAUAGCUUUUAGUGUAGUUUUCUCUGAUUUUUAGCAGUUGUUACAAAUUCUAUUCAUUCAUUUACUCACAAUUGCUCUCUGGUUGGUUCAUUGUUACC